ACUGCGUGGCGCCACCCACCCCUCGUGCUCCGAGGCCACCGCUGACCCGGAGUCCUGUUUCAAUGCCUCGGCUCACUCCAUUCUCUGAUAGCUCCCGAAAGGACUGUGCAUUUGGUCGACUGACCGACACGGCGAACAGGCGCAGAGAGGUGACAUCACCUGGCCAUUUGGGGCUUGAGGUUGGAGCGGGACCGGUGGAUGGUCUCUGGAGGGGCUGGAGGACAGAGGGAGGGUAUCCCAGGUGAGGGCCGCAGGCCAGGCCAAGUAGGGCAGGGCCACAGGGCAGAAGCUGCCGGAAGCUGCAGGGCCCAGAAGCAGAGAUACGCAAGGACCCAUUUGGGGUGGAAAAGGAAGUGGGGGCUGAGAAAAAGCCCUCUGGGCGUAGGUCAGGGGACCCGCCACGGAGGGACAGGUCAGGAUGGACGCACAGCAGCCUGUCACCGAAGUGGGAAGGAACAGGCGGGCGGACGGAGCGUGAACACCAGGGAGCCGGGAGCGGCAGCACACCCAGAUGCUGGCCAGGGCGGCCGCAGGAGGCUCUGGCCAGCAGGCGUGGGAGAGGCCCCGCUGCGGCCCCAUUUCCGGGCCUGCCUGGCUCUUGCCCCCACAAAGACACCCAGGCAGAUGCGAGUCCCAGCUGGGCGUGGAGUGACUCAGCCGAGGGCCUGCCGGCCCGGGCUCCAGGCUGCAGCUCCAACCUCCCUCGCCCAUCACUUGCCACAGGCCAUGGGGGAGCCCGGCCCCUCAGACGGUGCCCUCUGAGCCUCUCUGCACCCCCGACCGCUGGCACACAGAGAGCAGCCUGUACGAACAUACGCGCACCCGCCCCAGAGGGACACCCGCGCCAGGGAAGACACAGACACACAAGGAGAUGCACAGAGAGGCCUCUACAGAAAAUAAUGCCCGCCCACGCAUGCCACUCACCUCACGUGUCCACAGGCCCCAGCAUGCCCCCUGGGCACCCAUCUCCCUCCCCUCCCCACCUGCCGUGUGUCCAUUUCCAGCCGUCCUUGCUGUCCUCCUCCUGCCCGCUGCCCCACUGCCCUGGACCCCUGUGAGGAGGACCCUGCUCUUCGCAGUGGGUGGAGGGUGGGGACAGAUGCUGACUCACCUACCCGGAGCAGUUCCUCCCCACCCUCUGCUACGGAAACCAGCCCCCCCUUAACCUCCAACUUGGCUGGCAGGGUGACCUCCCACUCCAAGGCACCUGGGUGAAAGAGCAACCCUUUGUGGGCCUGGCCGGGGCCACAGCGGGACAGGAGGCCCCGGGGCCCCCGGAAGCUGCGUCUAACACUGGCACAGACCCCCGGGGACCCUUAAUCUUCCCACUAGGAAUGAGUUACAGCCACCGCCACCCAGACCUGCGCCCCGAGCACAGAACCGAUGCCGGGGCUGCCAGGGCCCUCAGGAGGAUGGGGAAACUGAGGCCUGGAGGAGGGCAGAGGCUUGUCUAAGGUGCCACCGGGCAAGAGGGCAGAGUAGACUUCCUGAGUCCCUGGUGGGGACAGGACGCCAGGGGGAGGAGGAGGCUCCGGGAAGCAGAGCACCCCCAACCCCGCCACCCCGCCAGUCCCCAGACGCAGAGGCAGGAUGCUGGUCUGCCAGGCGUCAUCCUUCAUUAAUAUGAUAUAACUUCCCAAGGUCCCUCUGGUCUGUCUGGUGAGUGCAGGGCCUCUGCGGGGAGGGGCUGCGCGGCUGGGAGGGCUGAGGCCGGCACCCACGGGCACCCUGAGAGCAGCGCUGCGUGGUCACCCGCGGGGGCCUGGGUGCAGCUGGAGUCGGGGCAUCCAUCCUGCUGGGAGCUGGGGCUGCCAGCUGGGCAUGGCGAUAGGGAGCCGGGAGAGGGAGUUGUGGUUACGGGGGACAUGGGGACAGAGAGGGGAAGUCCAAGGCGCGUGGAGUCGGGAGCCGGGCUCCUCGCCUUGGACACGGCACGUCCGCACAGGCUCUCUCCGCGUGACAGAGGGCUCUGGGAUGGGCCGCCGGCCAAGGGCCGCCAGCAGGCCCGAGGAGCUGCUGUCGCCCCACUGUACAGAUGAGGAAACUGAGGUGCACCGGCUCCCAUCCUUGCCCGAGGCCAUCGCAAAGCAAGGGGGUGGUCGAAUUGGGACAGGAACUCCGGACAUAAAGGCGAGAGAGCCUGAGUUUGCAGCGUCGACACCGAAACUGCCUCCCUGAAGGAUAAGGGCUGCCCGAGAGGGUCUCCCAGGUCCUGUCCGGCCCUUGUGGGUGGGGAGGCAGUUGCAUGGGCACCGUGGGCUCCGUGGGAACAGGGCCGGCGGCACCCACAGGCGCACCACGCUGGCCCGGGGUCCCAGCAGCAGGGGUGGGCCUGUGGAGGGGCGGGAGAAAGCAAUGUGACCAUGAUGUUGGAGCCCUGGACGGCUGUCUGAGGCUAAAAUAUUGUUCCUGGAGGUCAAGGUCGCCAGAGCUUGGCCUGGGGCCUGGGAGAGCUGGGGUGAGAAGCGAGAGGGAAGGAGGCCCCCCUCCCCUUCCCAGGGCUCCGAGUUCAAGCCGAGCCUGCGGCCGGGGACAGCAGUCUUCCCUGCGGCACAGCCUGCUUGUGGCCCGGCCCUCUGGAAGGAGUGAAUCCUGCCCAGGGAACAGAAAUCUCAGUGGUGCUUGGAAAACACUGCAUCAGGGAGGAAUUUCCUGGUCAUUUCUCAAUCCCUGGGCAGUGUCCUAACCCUGGAGCCUGGAGCCCAGAAUAGAUCCCCGGGGCCACCCCCCAGCCAGCCUUCGGACUGGUCAGCUGCGCUCCUCAGGGUCCAUCCUGCUCCCCACUGCUCCCUGGCACCCUCGGGGCCCCUCCCGUCCAGGCCGGCGGCCGGGGGCCGGGAUGGCGGACUCGUGCAGGAACCUCACGUAUGUGCGGGACUCGGUGGGCCCGGCCACCAGCACGCUGAUGUUCGUGGCCGGCGUGGUGGGCAACGGGCUGGCCCUGGGCAUCCUGGGGGCCCGGCGGCGGUCUCGCCCGUCCGCCUUCGCAGUGCUGGUCACCGGGCUGGCCGUCACCGACCUGCUGGGCACGUGUUUCCUGAGCCCCGUGGUGUUCGUGGCCUACGCCCGGAACAGCUCGCUGCUGGGCCUGGCCCGGGGCCACCCGGCGCUGUGCGACGCCUUCGCCUUCGCCAUGACCUUCUUCGGCCUGGCCUCCACGCUCAUCCUGUUCGCCAUGGCCGUGGAGCGCUGCCUGGCGCUCACCCACCCCUACCUGUACGCCCAGCUGGACGGGCCGCGCUGCGCCCGCCUGGCGCUGCCCGCCGUCUACGCCUUCUGCGCCCUCUUCUGCUCCCUGCCCCUGCUGGGCCUGGGCCAGCACCAGCAGUACUGCCCGGGCAGCUGGUGCUUCAUCCGCCUGCGCGCCGCCGAGCUGGGCGCACGCGCCUUCUCGCUGGCCUACGCCGGCCUCGUGGCCCUGCUGGUGGCCGCCAUCGUCCUGUGCAACGGCUCCGUCACGCUCAGCCUGUGCCGCAUGUACCGCCAGCAGAGGCACGGGGCCGGCGAGGACGAGGUGGACUACCUGAUCCUGCUGGCCCUCAUGACCGGCACCAUGGCCGUGUGCUCGCUGCCUCUCACGAUCCGCGGCUUCACCCAGGCCAUCGCCCCAGACACCAGUGAGAUGGGGGACCUGCUCGCCUUCCGCUUCAACGCCUUCAACCCCAUCCUGGACCCCUGGGUCUUCAUCCUCUUCCGCAAGGCCGUCUUCCAGCGCCUCAAACUCUGGCUCUGCUGCCUCUGCCCCAGGCCUGCCCACGGCCGCUCGCUGACACCCGUCGCCCAGCCUGCCUCACGGAGCAAGGACCCGAGGGCCCCCGCCACUCUCGGGGGGAAGGAGGGGAGCUGGGUGCCUUUGUCAGCCUGGGGCAAGGCGCAAGGGGCACGCCUGCCUCCUGCACAGCCUUCCGGCAGCACCGUGGGAGCUCCGUCCACAGUGGGGUCCACCGCAGCCUGCUGACAUCUUAGGCUGUCCCACGACCUCCUGCCCUGUCUUCUGGACAGGAGUCAGACAAUCGGGGACAAGGCUGAUGGCUGCAGGUGGACAAGCAGAGUGAAGGAUCCUGGAGCCCUGCCCUGCCAGAACCUUGAACCCCAGCCUUCAGGGGGCGAUCAGCUGCUAUUUCUUCCCCCACCGCAACCAGGGUGGCCACGCCAGGCUCCGGGAGGAAAGGGAGGGAGAGAGGGAACAUUUAUGCUGGAGUGCAAGAACAGUUCUCUCAAAAUAACCGAUGGCCUGGCUGGCCUGGCUCGGCCCUCGGCCCAUCCAUCUCACUGUCUAAAUAUUUGGGAGGUGGGAGAGUUCCCAGAGCUCCCGUGCACCCGGGUCUGGGAGGGCCAGUGCUCCCGCGUGGACCCCCGCCCCUCAGGGUGCCCCAGCCCCCAGGGGACGGGCCUGCCCUCUCCCCAGCCAUUCCAAGAGCCGUCCCCUCUCUGCCCCAUGGGAGCCAGGGACUCCCGGCAUCCCCUUGCUUCUGAACGCCCUUCAACCCUGGGAGCUCUGGCCCCCCCAGGAGAGGCCCAAGGAAGGGGAGCCGCGGCCCACACUGCUGGGCGUGCACCCAGGAAACGGGGUGUGGCUUGGUGGUUAUAAGACUUGCACUGUGGGUAUGGGUGUCAGGGGUCAAAUCCCAGGGACAGCCCAAGAACCCAGGCCUAAGUCCUGUGCCCGUCCCCAAAUAAGCUGCCUCCAGACACAGCCUGACCUCACCACACCUGUCCUUGGACGCCCCCCCCCCCAAGAUUUCAUACAUUCAUCCAAUCAACAAAUAGUGGUCGCUGACUCCACCAGGUACUGGGGACACAGACCGGUCCCCGCCCCACCCUGGACUCUGCUGGGUGAUUUUCAGCCUUCCCCUCCUCCUUCUCCUCGUUGCCAGCCCCUGCCCGCCCAGAGUGGAGGGGCUUGGGAAGGAGCCAGGCAGCUGGAAGGCGUGAAAGAAAGUGUGCCCAGGGCCUCGAGAGGGGUGAUGGGAAAACGCCUCCCCACCCCGGGCCCCAGUUCCCCUUUCUCACUUGCUCCUGGAUGAAACCAGUACAUCCAAACCUGGGAAUGGGCGGGGCGGGGCGGGGCGGGGGGGGGGGGGGGGGCGGUGAGAGUCUGCAACGGCAGCUACCAUCAGCCAGUCCUCCUCCGUGUGAGAUGCACCCUCUCACUUCAGCCUGCUAGCAGAGCUUUUCCACAGAGGCCUGAAUCCAGGCCCAGAGAAGGCGGUGACCAGCCCUAGGACACACAGCGGAGCGGGGAGCUGCUCUCCAGAGUCCAGCUCACCUGUCGGGCCCGCGACGUCGCCUCUGUUCCCCGGUUUCCUUUUGUGCAGAAGAGCCAUCCUAACCUAGUGCUUCGCUUCCAGGGGUUGUGCUGAGGGUGAUGGGAUCCCCCCUGAAAAGCAAUGUGUCCCAGGGCCCCGAGGCAGGGCCUACGAGAAACCCUGCUGGUGUUGCUGCUGUGGUGGCGCUGCUACCCUCGUUCUCCACUGCCUGGGCGGAUGCAGCGCGGCAAGAACGCGGUGCUUUGCUCCACUGCCGGGACUUUUUUGACUCCGUGUUUCCAGGCAGGUUUCAGAGGAUCAAGGGGUGUCUGGGCGAGUCAUGCACAGACCCAGAGCGUGGCGUACUGGGUUUGUCGUCUCCUUCUGGGGUGACGAGGCUGUUCUGGACAGUGACGGUUGCAUAACACUGUGAGUGACUGAAUGUCUCUGAAGUGUGUGCUUGAAGGUGUUUAAAACGUCAGCUUCUACGUGAUGGGAGUUUUACCACAAUAAUGUAAAAAAAAAAAAACCCCAUGUGAUACAGCCCUGGCUGGUGUAGCUCAGUGGAUUGAGCGCCGGUCUGUGAACCAAAGGAUCACCGGUUUGAUUCCCAGUCAGGGCACAUGCCUGGGUUGUGGGACAGGUCUCCUGUUGGGGAUGUGAGAGAGGCAGCUGAUUGAUGUAUCUCUUGCACACUGAUGUUUCUCUCCCUCUCUUUCUCCCUCUCUCUAUAAAAGUAAAUAAAUAAGAUCUUUAAAAAAAAUAGUAAAAAACCUGGCUGGUGUAGCUCAGUGGAUUGAGCACGGGCCUGUGAACCUAAGUGUCGUUGGUUCGAUUCCCAGUCAGGGCACAUGCCUGGGUUGCAGGCCCCAAUUAGGGGCGUGCAAGGGGCAACCACACACUGAUGUUUCUCUUCCUGUCUCCUUUCCUCCCCCUUUCUCCGAAAAAUAAAUAAAUUCUUUAAAAAAGAAAAAAAACAUGUAAUACUGAAAAAAAAGUAUUGAGAGCUUGUAGAAACAGCGCACUGUUCGGACUUAACAAUAAAGAUGACU